GUCCGUGGAAAAGAUAAAAUCAAGACUUUAUAAAUGGUCAUAGGUGAAGGGUGGCUUUUCCAAUCCUCCUCCUCUUCAAUCCUCUAACCAACCAUGGGAAUCACCUCCGUGCUCACCUCCGCUGCAAAAAGGCUCGAAGGCAAGGUGGCACUGAUCACGGGUGGCGCCAGUGGCAUCGGUGAGGCCACGGCCAAGAUCUUCACCCGCCACGGCGCCCGUGUGAUGAUCGCUGAUGUCCAGGACGACAAGGGCCAAGCCCUCUGUGAAUCCCUCGGCUCCUCCGUUGCCUCCUAUAUCCAUUGUGAUAUAACCGACGAGUCUCACGUCCGAGAUGCCGUCGAUGCCGCCGUCUCCCGCCAUGGCAAGCUCGACAUCAUGUUCAACAACGCCGGCAUCGCCGGUU